CUCGCCCCAGCGCGCAGGGGGAGGCGGAGCACGGGCUGCGAUUCAAGCGUCCAUGGCGGGGCAGGGCUCCGAGCCUGGCGAGCUCAGCGACUCCGAGCUGCUGCGGCUGCUGGAGGAGGCGGGGGACGACGCGCUGCAGCCGGGACACUCUGGAAAGCCAAACUCCUCAAGCGACCUGCCUCUGGAAUCUGGGAAGAUGAAAAGAAAGAGAGCACAGACUCCCCUGGAAAAAUAUGACCUGAACUACCUUUGCGUGACUGAUCUGUCCACUCAGAGUUGGUGCGAACAGCAAAUGGUUUAUGGGAGGGAGCUCCCUCAGCAGCAGGCACCAGAGACAGUCGUGUUAUUAAACACAGGGAAGAGCAUACAUCUAGCAAGAGAACUAGAAGUUCAUGAUGUAGUGAAAGUACAUACGACCAGCAAGGAAGAUUCGUGGGCGAUAAAAAUACUGAAUCUUCUUUCUGUGAUUCCAGUUCUACAAGCAGGUGGUUGCGUGCGGGAGCUUCCAGUCUUUGGAAUAAUAGAAGAUGUCUUCCUGAUGGGAAUUAUUGAUGAGCUGUGCUAUAGUGCCAAGGGAGAGCUGGAGCUGAGAGAGCUAAAAACCCGAGGCCGACCUUUUAUGCCUUCUGGAGCACAGAAAAAGAAAGAUUAUUUCCAGGUCUGUCUGUAUAAAUACAUUUUUGAUGCCAUGGUGCAAGGACAACUGAAACCAGAUGUUAUCACCAGUCACAUCCAUCUGAGGCCGGAGCAGCCACUGGGAUCGCACAUUAGGGAACACGCUCAGAAAGUAGGCUUCACGGUAACCUGCUUUGGGGACCUCCUGGAGCUGAUGUAUCUAAACAUGACGCUCUCCGACAUCCCCAGCAUUGACUGUUUGAAAAUCGAAUACAGCCACCAGGAAAGUAACACCCUGCUUGGGACAGAGGUGGUUCAGUUUGAAGAAGAAAAGGUGAGAGAGAGAGCACAGUACUACCUUGCUUACUGGAAAGGACGAAGGGAGGUACAGGGAGUGGAAAUUGAGGAAGCAUGGAAAUGCCAAUCAUGUAGCUACUCAGAGAUCUGUGAUUGGAGAAGGAAAAGGGCAGAAGGGCCUGAACAGAGAAGUGGACCAAAGAAGAGUAAAUGAAGACAACCCUGUCCUCCCGGAAGGAGGUUCCACCUUACUGAUGUGAAAAUGUGUGUGCACUCAAUUCACAGGGUUAACCAGUCAGAAUGGAGCGGACCAUAAGAGUGGGCCAAACCUAUCACUUUACUAAGCAGAAGUCGUUGCACCAAUGGUGAAUCUGGCAGUGUUUUCGUAAUGUGACAUUUUAAGUGCUCUUAAGAAAAUACUGUUUUAGAUAGUAUCUGUUGUUACAGAGGUGUAGUCUAAGGACCAGGCAAGCUGUGCAAGUUGCUGCACUUCUCUGAGCCUCCAUUUCCCCAUCUAUAAAAUGGGGGUAAAUGCCUACCACAUAUGAGUUCUUUGAGGGUUAUGUAAUUUUAUCUUGGUGAAGUGGUUUGAACAUGAGAAGCACAAUAGGGUUUUUUUAUUUCCUACUGCUAUAAACUCUUAUGUAGAGAAGGUUCCAAACCAUAACCCCACAUCCGAACACACAUAAACUUGGUGCUUCAUCUUUAGUUCCUUUGGAGUAACUCAUCCCUUAUCCGUCUUCUCUGUCUGCUCUCCCAAAGAUCCUAUAUCAGCCAUUCUUUUAAUAAGAUUGAAGAUGAACCCAGCUCUCUCCCAAAACCCAUUAGUGCUACACCGGGGCAUAGUGACAUGAAGGCUGGAAUUUUUCAAAGGUUGCCUGAAUUUGGCACCUAACUCCCUUAGGUUCCUUUGAAAAUCUCAGCUGAAGGCCCAGCCCUGCAAGGUAACUGUACGAUGCUAAGUACCCUCACUCCGAUUGGUAUCAGUGGGAGUUGUGGUCAUUCGUUGCCUUGCUGGGUCAGCCUCUUAAAAGUCAAUCUGAUUCCGUUCCUUGUGUAAGCCUUUAACCUUUUCAUGUGUUGUCAAAAUUACAUGGUCUAGUAAGUAAGUAAUUGAGAAUCAGAUGACUAUUUAACAUAUUACUGGAUUAUCUGUAUCAAGGAAAGUGUAUUGUUUUUAAAAUGUUUUAAGUAUUUUACUGUGUAAUAACGAAAAUUCGUAAUGGUAGGGGAAGAGGGGUUGUUUGGUAUGUGUGGGGGGUUUUUACUAUUGAAAUCAAAUGAAUAGAAACUUUCACUGUUUCCACAGAAGGAAAUUAUCCUGUUAAUUGAAAUUUGAGGUGGGGGGCACGGGAAAUAAACCCAUUUCUCCUGUGUUGGACUAAAAACAACCAGUUUUGAUUUUGUGUGUGCAAGGGGGAGUUCAUUAGGAAGGAAAGAUAUAACUACUGCAAAACUUGUGAGGUUUAAAUAUUAAAGUUAGAAGGGAAUGCUCAUCCAUUGUGAGCUGUGUCCUCAACUGGUGUAAUUUCAUAGAUUGGUUCCUUUGGGCCUUAAAACUUCUUAUUCUGAUAAUCUAGUCUGAUCUUUUGUAUAACACAGGCCAUAGAACCUCACCCAAUAAUUUCUGUAUCAAGCCUCUCUCUUCUUGUGUGAGUUAUGGCAUAUAUUUUUAGAAAACCAUCCAGUCUUGAAUGAAAGACUCCAAGUGAUGGAGAAUCCAGCACCUCCCUGGGUAAAUUGUCCCAAUGGUUAAUUAUGUCCAUUGUUAAAAAGGUGUGCCUUAUUUUUCACCUCUGUGCUUUAGUUUCCCCUUUUGUAAAAUGAGGAUCAUGCUACUGACUGUUGUAAAGCACUCUUAGAUCUGCAGUUGAAAAGCACUAUUAGAUGAUAUUAUUUUUAAUCUGAAUUGGUCAUUGUCAUCUUCUGCCAGUUUAAAAAGCCAUUACUAUCCGUAAGCUCUUCCUUGCUUAUAGAUUGUGUUCGAGUCACUAUUGAACCUUCCUUUAGAUAAAUUAAAUAGUUGGAGCUUUUUUUUCAGUCUUUUGCACUAAGGAAUUGUUUCCAAACUGCGAAUUGUUCUUGUUGUUGUUUUCUGAAUGCUUUGCAGUUUUUUAACAUCUGUUGUGAAGUGUGGAUACCAGAACUGGACACAGUAUUCCAGUAAAUGUGUCACUAAUAGUGUAUAUCCAGGUAACUUUACUGCCCUUCUCCUACUUAUACAUCCAAGGAUCGCAUUCAUUCUCUGUUAUGGGAUUUCACUGGGAGCUCGUGUUCAAUUUAUUGUCUGCCAUGACCCCAAAAUCUUUCUCAGAGUUGUUGCUUUCCAGGAUACACUCCUCUAUCUUAUAAGUUUGACCUGCUUCCUUUGUUUCUAAUUGUGUGACCUUGAAUUUAGCUGAAUUGAAAUGCAGGUUGUAUGACUGACCCAUUUCCAUCAUGCCACCAAUUUUUGUGUAAUCUGCAAAUUUUACCAACAGUUAUUUUAUAUUUUCUUCCAGAUAAUUGGUUGAGAACAGAUCCCUCUGGUGCCCCACUGUGCACAACCCCAUUCGAUGGCGAUUCCCUAUUUCUAGUUAGUUUUUGCAGUUUUCUUAGCACAGUUGAAAACCCUGGUAAGAAGCAGGGUAACACCUCUUAACUGGGCUUUUCAAUCAUGUUCUGCUCAGCUGAGCUAACACGGUUGAAGAACACUUACUUUUUGUUCAUUGCGACGUGCUGUAAAGGGACCAGACGUAGAACUGGUCCCUUUGGCUUAUUGCUGGAGCACAGGACUGGCAAAAAUGGAGAUGCAUUCGUUGCCACUUCCUCUGCUGUACUGUGGGUAUAAAAUUACAGCCCUCCAAGCUGUCAAUUUAAUACCUUUCGUGGGUCCUAAAUACUCAAUGCUAAAGACUACGCCCCUAUCGUCUAAUACUAGACUAUAUAUCAAUGGGUCAUUUGCAACAUACUCUUUCUGUAGCUUUUUUCUCCUCUUUCCUUUAUCCCAUUAUUAUUCAUGGUAUUAAUAAAAAAUGGUCCAUG